ACUACGCUCAACGUCUUUAGGAGGGACGAUGAUAGGGGUAUCAGAUAUCAAACGGCUAUCUCCAUUACUGCCUUACAUAGGACGUUCAUGAAAUUCUUGACCAUGUCUUCAACAUGGCGCACACCUACAAUGGAAGACAGAGGCGCAUAUAUGAGCGUAGCGCAAGUCGAUGAUGGGAAUGCGGAGCUGAAUGCGCAGGGUCCAACAAAUGGCUUGCUGAAAAAUGCAGAUGAAUUUGACGCGGAGCUUGGUAACGCUCCGACACCAAGCGAGCUCGUGACUCUCCCCAAAGUCUCAGACAAACUCCCCUGGGGGGCCUUUUUGGUCGCAAUCGUUGAACUCUGUGAGCGCUUCGCAUAUUACGGCCUAUCUGGACCUUUUCAGAAUUACAUGGCCAACAAGUACCAUGACCCUAAUGGGCUGCCUGGGGCUCUCGGCUUAGCUCAGUCUGGCGCAACUGCCUUUAACAAUGCUUUUCAACUAUGGUGCUAUGUCACACCGAUCCUGGGCGCUGUGGUCGCUGACCAGUAUCUUGGAAAGUACAAGACAAUCAAGUAUUUCUCCAUCAUCUACAUGGUAGGAAUACUCAUUCUUUUCGCUACAUCGCUACCCUUUUCCAUCGAGAGAGGGGGCGCCUUACCCGGCCUCAUCACAGCUAUGGUCAUCAUCGGAAUAGGCACCGGAGGCAUCAAAGCCAAUGUAUCACCUUUGAUCGCCGAACAAGUGCGAUCUACCAAGCCAUUUAUCAAGCUUCUAUCCAACGGCCGGAAAGUCAUUGUAGAUCCAGAGGUCACAGUGCAGCGCAUAUACAUGAUGUUCUAUAUGUGCAUAAACGUCGGGUCGAUUUCAGCUAUCGCCACUACCAUGCUCGAGCUUCAUGUUGGGUUUUGGAGCGCCUAUCUCCUAACGUUUCUCAUGUUUUGCGUUGGCUUCUUUGUCCUACUGAACGGCAAAGAUAAAUACGUAAUCAAGCCACCCCAAGGUGGAGUUAUAAGUAACUGUUUCAAAGCCCUCUGGAUUGCAAUGCAAAACCGUUUUGAUCUUGAUCAGGCGAAACCUUCAUUCCAAGCGAGAGGUGGCAGAAGAGGUGGCGUUCCAUGGGAUGAUGCAUUUAUUGAUGAGUUGAAAGCUUCUCUCGUAGCGUGCAAAGUUUGUCUCUUCUUUCCAAUAUACUGGGUGACCUACGGCCAGAUGAUGAAUAACUUCGUCUCUCAAGCGGGAACAAUGCAGCUGCAUGGCCUUCCAAAUGAUAUUCUACCCAACAUCGACCCCGUCACCAUAAUUAUCAUGAUCCCAGUUCUAGACCGAUACGUCUAUCCUUUCAUACGUACGCGACUACACAUACCAUUUCGACCAAUCGCACGCAUGACGUGCGGGUUUCUCGUUUCUGCAUCCGGCAUGGCCUAUGCAGCUGUACUACAAUCACGCAUUUACGCUUCUGGUCCCUGUUACGAAAACCCUUCUCAUUGUGAAGCCGGAAAGAUUGGGGAGAAUAGAUACAAGCCAAAUAAUAUCCACGUGGCGUGGCAGACACCGGCAUAUAUUUUGAUCGCUUUGAGUGAGAUCCUGGCGAGCGUAACGGGCUUAGAGCUGGCCUAUUCUAAAGCGCCCGAAGGCAUGAAGAGCUUCAUCAUGUCUCUGUACCUCCUGACUUCGGCUGUAGGCAGCGCCCUUGGAAUUCUCAUUGCGCCUUUCGCAAAGGAUCCUAAUCUGGUUUGGCUUUAUGCCGGGUUAGCCUGUGCCGCUGGUGUUACAGGAGGGUUCUUUUAUUGGACUUUCAAGGGUACAGACGAGCCAAAAUCUGGACUAGAAAAUAUUGAGUUGAUGGGAAGAAAGAGCGAAGAAGACGAAGAGGAAGAAGAAAGUGCCACACACGCAUAG